CACUGACGUUAUGGGGUAUUCCACUGACGUUAUGGGGUAUUCCACUGACGUUGUGGGUUAUUCCACUGACGUUGUGGGUUAUUCCACUGGCGUUGUGGGUUAUUCCACUGACGUUAUGGGUUAUUCCACUGACGUUAUGGGGUAUUCCACUGGCGUUAUGGGGUAUUCCACUGACGUUAUGAGGUAUUCCACUGGCGUUGUGGGUUAUUCCACUGACGUUAUGGGGUAUUCCACUGGCGUUAUGGGGUAUUCCACUGACGUUGUGGGUUAUUCCACUGACGUUGUGGGUUAUUCCACUGGCGUUGUGGGGUAUUCCACUGACGUUGUGGGUUAUUCCACUGACGUUGUGGGUUAUUCCACUGACGUUGUGGGUUAUUCCACUGACGUUAUGGGGUAUUCCACUGGCGUUAUGGGGUAUUCCAGUGGCGUUAUGGGGUAAAGACAAAACAGUUUUCAAGGCUACCAUAAAUAACACUUUCUGGUCAACUGGUGGUUUAAUUCCAUUUGUCCUCCAGGUGAUCUGUCCUCCAACUGUUGGUUUAGAAUCUACAGAUGUGGUAUUCAUAUUCAGAUACUACAUAGUCGUAGUAGAAUUCAUGUUGGUACAACAAUAUCUAGUCAUGUAUCCAUGCCCUUGUAUGUGUGUGGUAUUGUGUGUAGGCCAAUGACUCAAUUUAAUCAAUUUUAAAUUCAGGCUGAAACACAAAAUGUAGAAAAAAUCAAGGGGUGUGAAUACUUUCUGAAGGCACUGUAUAUGAAGUAAUAUGUGUAUCUCACUGACUGGUUCUUCUGAUGUUGUUCACACAGGAGACCAUGUUGAGACAUUCUCUACAUCCAGAGAGCAACAGCAGGAAGAUCACAGAGCUAAGAGGUCUCACCACUGCCCACAUUGUGAGGAGAUUUUCCCAUUUCUAUCAAAGCUAAAAAUACAUCUAAAAAUACACACAGGAGAGAAGCCUUAUUCCUGUACUGACUGUGGGAAGAGCUUCACAACAUCAAGGGCUUUGACAGUUCAUCAGAGAGCGCACACUGGAGUGAAGCCUUACUCCUGUUCUGCCUGUGGAAAGAGUUUCUCUCGAUUGGAUAACUUAAAAGUACAUGAACGUGUACAUACAGGAGAGAAGCCAUACUCUUGCUCUGACUGCGGAAAAUGCUUCAAAACAUCAUCUGAUCUAACAGUUCAUCAGAGAACACACACAGGAGAGAAGCCUUACUCCUGCUCUGACUGUGGUAAAUGCUUCAAAACAUCAAUUGAGGUAAAAGUUCAUCAGAGAACACACACAGGAGAGAAGCCUUACUUCUGCUCUGCCUGUGGAAAGAGUUUCUCCCGAUUGGAUACUUUAAAAGUACAUGAACGUGUACAUACAGGAGUGAAGCCUUACUUUUGCUUUGACUGUGUGAAGAGAUUCACAACAUCAACAUCUCUGACAAUUCAUCAGAGAGCGCACACUGGAGAGAAGCCUUACUCCUGCUCUGACUGUGGGAAGAGUUUCUCCCGAUUGGAUAAGUUAAAAAGUCACCAACUAAUACGCAGAGAGAAGCCAUUCUCCUGCAGCACAUAGCAAUGCUGACCAUAUUUUGCUUUUAUGAGAGAUUUUCAUUCAGAAAUGCAAGCUGCCUCACUUUCGAGUGGCUGAUGCUGUUUCUUCUCUCAGUAAUUGUUUUGUCCCGUUUUCGAGAAGACCCUCUGAGGGGUAGAUUUGGCUCAUCUGAUAUGCGAGCCGGCUCCCAACGUUCACCUACAAGAGCCGGCUCUCUAAGCCAACUUGUUCGCGAACGAACCAUUACUACUACAGUCACUGGUUGGUGAUUGUGACUGGAGCCCAGCACCUCUACUUCCCGUGGCUAUGGUAAUGAUUAUAAUGUUUCCUCAUGAGCAUAGCAGGUAUCCAUGGUAGCGUUUAUGUUAUGUCGUCAGCAUAACAGGUAUUUAAUAUUAACAACACCUUCCUAAUAUUCAGUUGCACCUUUUUGCCCUGAGAACAGCCUCAAUUCGUCGGGACCGGUGCAUUGAAGUUAAUUUCCUCUUUGACUUAAUCAGUGAAAUAUCUUUGAGUAGUAAGCAGGGAAACAACGAUUCCCAGACAGUUCAAUAGAACAUACCAGAGGAGAGCAUCGUUUACUAGGCUACAUCACUUAUUAGGAUCAUCUAAUACCACCAGUGUUUGGAAUACAUUGAGUUCGUUGACCAAACAGACCGUGGAAACCAAUUUUAUAGCAGUGAAUGUAAUCUAUUAAUGUACUGUUCUAGUAUUUCUAAGUAGCAACCAUAUCAGCCAGGGAAAUUAAAUGUUCUCACUUUAUGAUAGAACACUCACAUUUUCAGUGAAGUUGAAAUCCUUCCUCUUCAAUGGUAAGGUCCCUUGCACCAUAAAGUCACUGCUGUGGUGCCCACCAGACCAUCUGGUGAGGCACCCAGACCCUGUGAACCAAAACUCCUGACUCCUGCACAUCCAUCCCUGUAGCCAUUUGAAUGCCUUGAUGCCCUCCUCUUCGUUAUCAGACAACACCCCAUCCAACGACUGAUCUGAGGACUGUUUUUAGCAGUGACGGAGUAACACCUUGAUCCUAACCACUGCUCCAUAAUUGCUGUCCGUCAACCUCUCUCCUCAUGGUGUGCCUGUUGGUGCGCUGUCCAACUGUUGCCUACCGUUUAGCCUCCUGCUGCUCCACCGACAGCACCAUGCCAGCCAGGACGCCUGCAUGCCCCAGGUGCCCUUGUUCUAACAACGUCCGGUACAGACAGGGAUGACGUGGAGGGUAGCGGUUGUUCUGGCUCAGGUUCAAGAAGACAUUUCCUUCCACUGAACCUGCCCCAGAGACUGUUCCUUACCCUCUGAUGAUCCUCCUCUGUGGGCUCUCGGGACAGAGGGUUGUGGUCUUUGGCCGGGUACAGGUCCUCCACUGACUGCACCUGGUUGGGUGCCAGCCGUACGGACAAUAUUGUGAACCGCCAAAAUAGGCUGCAUGGCGCCACUGAUGAGCUCCACGGAGGCAUUCUCAUGUGGUAGAGAGAAUCCCCUGGUCACCUAUAGAGACCUGCCAAGAGGAAGGAUGUUAAGUGCCACAUGCCUUUCAAUGAAUGACUUGGAACACCUUGAAAUGCAUUCGUUGUAAGAAAUGUGCCAUCUAAAUAAAGUUUGAUUUGAUUGAAGACAUUACCGCUGUAGAAUAUUUAAUAAACUGUCAUUUUCAGGACAAGUGGUUUUUCCAUGACCUUUUAAUUAAUAACUUGGGAUUUUAUCACUUAAUAUUAAUCAUACAGUGGGAAGGAUCCUAUAGAUCAACACUGUGUGAAUGCAUGUACCACUCUGAAUAAAUAAAUACAGUGCCUUUUGAA